AUGAAGGCGAAGCAGAAGCUGAAGAAGAGCGCGAAGAAGGCAGCUCCUGCUGCUGCUGCUGCUGCUGCUGCUGCAGAUACCCCCCCUGCUGCUGCUGCAGCAGCAGCAACAGCAGCAGCAGCAGCAGAUGCAGCAGCAGCAGCAAAGCCAGGCAAGCGGCUAGACAAACGUUUUCUUGCUGCUUCGGAUCCACGCUUCAGCAUCAACAGCGCAGCAAGGAAGCAGCAGCAGCAGCAGAAGGCGCUGCAGCAGCAGCACAAGCAGCAGCAGCAGCAGCAGCAGCAGCAGCAGCAGAAUGGCAGCUCCUCCUCACAGCAUACGAAGCGUGAGGCGAAGCUAGAAGCAGCAAGGGAAGCAGAAGAGAGAGCAGCAGCAGCAGCAGAUGCAGCAGCAGCAGGCGCCAGAGGAACAGCAGCAGCAGCAGCAGCAGCAGCAGAAGCAGAAGCAGAAGCAGCAGCAGCAGCAGCAGCUGCAUGCACUGACCCCCGCUUCUCUCGCAUCUUCACAGACCCAGCCUUUCUUGUGGGGCGGGGGCUGCAGACAUCCUCAAUAGAUAAAUACGGCCGCAGCAGCAGCAGCAGCAGCAGCAGCAGCAGCAGCAGCAGCAGCAAGAAGAAGCAGAAAAAAAAGAAAGCUAUACAAACACCGAGAGACAGAGUUGCUGCUCGUAUAGCCAAGGAAGAGCUGCUGCAGCUGUAUGCACCAGCAAAUGAAGAUGCUGCUGCUGCUGCUGCUGCUGCUGCUACUACUACUACUGCCGAACACAGCAGCAGCAGCAGCAGCAGCAGCAGCAGCGAAGACAGCGACAGCGACAGCAGCAGCAGCAGCAGCAGCGAGGGGGAGGAAGAGAGCAGCGUAUGGGGGGCGCCAGAAGAUGUGCCUACGGACUGGGAAGCCGCCGAGCGGCCUCGGCGUAAGCGUUCAUCAGCAUCAGCAGCAGCAGCAGCAGCAGCAGCAGCAGCAGCAGCAGCGGGAGACGGCAGCAACAGCAGCAGCGAGGAGGAGCAGCAAGGCUCAGCUGAGCAGCAAAAGGCGCUGCAGGAAGUCUUACGAAAAUACCAAGUCGAACGCUCCAGCAGCAGCAGCAGCAGCAGCAGCAGCAGCGAAGACAGCGACAGCGACAGCGACAGCAGCAGCAGCAGCAGCGAGGGGGAGGAGGAGAGCAGCGUAUGGGGGGCGCCAGAAGAUGUGCCUACGGCGACGAGCGUGUCUUCUCGUUUGGCUCUGAUGGGUUUAGAUUGGGACUCUGUUACUGCUGCUGAUUUGCUGCUGCUGCUGCAGCAGUUCCUAGCAACCCACACCGGCAGCAGCAGCAGCAGCAGCAGCAGCAGCAGCAGCAGCAGCAGCAGCGAGAAGCCGCGCGUGCAUCGCGUGCAAAUUUAUGUUUCAGAUUUCGGCAAAGAAAGAAUCGAAAUAGAAAAAGUUAAAGGGCCCGCUGUUGACUGGGAAGCCGCCGAGCGGCCUCGGCGUAAGCGUUCAUCAGCAGCAGCAGCAGCAGCAGCAGCAGCAGCAGCAGCAGCAGCAGCAGCAGCAGGAGACGGCAGCAACAGCAGCAGCGAGGAGGAGCAGCAAGGCUCAGCUGAGCAGCAAAAGGCGCUGCAGGAAGUCUUACGAAAAUACCAAGUCGAACGCUCCAGGUACUACUACGCAAUAUGUGAGGCGGACUCAGCGGAGACAGCUCAGCUUCUCUACGACGAGUUGGAUGGCUGCGAGCUCGGGUUUGCGUUGAGCGGGCUGGAUGUGCGUGUGGUGCCCGAGGGUUUAGAGCUGCCGCAGGAGAAUUUAGUUAGUGAGGAGACAGCUGAGGGUUUGACAGCAGCAGCAGCAGCAGCAGCAGCAGAAAGACUAGCAGCAGCAGCAGCAACCAGCAGCAGCAGCAGCAGCAGCAGCAGCAGCAGCGCACUCAAACACUCCAAGCAGCAGCAGCAGCAGCAGCAGCAGCAGCAGCAGCAGCAGCAGCAGCAGCAGCAGCAGCAGAGACGCUGGAAAACGAUAACGGAGGAUAAUUUAGCAGACUACAGACAAGAGCUCCUAGGGGAUUUGGCGGAUCUAUCAGAUUCAGAAGAAGAGAACGCUGCAGCUGCAGGUAAACCCUAA